UGGAGAAGAAUUCUUGAUAGUAUUGUGUCUAGCUCGUGUUCCAACUUGUUUCGCAGCCUCUCCAGAGAGAUGAGAGCAUUGGACCUACUUCAAGACCAAUCUAGUGAAUGAAAAUAAUACAAGUUGAUCUCUCGUGAGUUUGCGCUGUGGAGUAAAAAGGUGCUGCUCAGGCGCACAGUGAACUUUGUUCAAUUCGUGAGUGGUGAUUCACUCGUCUCAACAUUCUCACCCGUUGGCUAUUCAGACGACGGUCUGCACGUGAGACCGUUGGGUGUGUGGAAAGUUGUUGGGGGUUUCAGUUUACAACAUUCGUUAUUCUCUCCCCUCUACCGAUCGACAAAAAAUCUCGUGUUAGAUUCCAUUUAUUAUUCAUCCCUACACACACACACACACACACACACCGUGACAUUUUAUAUUAUCAUUUCAAGUUCAGCCAUCUCUCUCUCGUGUGUGUGUGUGUGUGUGUAACAUGAUAGCCAACCGGGCUCGCGUUACGCUGAAAUUCAGCCAUCCAAUCGACUGGUCGCAGUCCGUCUUCCGACCCAAUGGAUGGACCAGCGUCCGCCCUUGUUCUUCCUCCUCUCAUCCUGCAGGACCAGCAGCUGGCACAAUAACCGACAAGAAUUCAAUUAAAAACAUUUGCACAGAUGGGCCGAAAGAGAUGGGAGUCAGCGUCGAGUACCUCCGAGGGCUGCCACAGCUCACCGUGCCGCUGCCGUCCAGAAAAGAGCUCUGUCUCUUCUCAUUGCGACCUGUCACGCAUAGCGUCGGCGACCUGAUGGAACAAAUACGAUCCGAAGACCGGGGAAUCGAUCGUGUCGUCUUGAAAACCAUCGACGGAACGAGGAUCGCUGCGUCCAACACGAUUGAAUCGCUGAUGGAACAGGACUUUGAUCUCGUCAUCAACGACGUCUCCUAUCGCGUAACGACUCCCGAACGCGAACGCGUUUCCAGGGAAGAGAUGGAACGACUUUCAGACGUGCAGAAUUUAGUGAUGCAAUUGUACGAGGCCCUGCACGUUGGCGAACACCAACUGAAGAAGGAACGACAUUUGAUGGCCCAGCUGGAACAACUUCAAUCGCAGCUUCUUCCCUUGGAACAAAAGAAGAAUUUAGUGAUGGCCGGAGCCGAGCGGAGGACGACAACCUUCACUUGGGUCGGACUGGCUCUCAUGGGCGUCCAAUUCGGAGCUCUGGCCCGUCUCACAUGGUGGGAAUACAGCUGGGACAUUAUGGAGCCCAUCACGUACUUUGUCACCUACGGAACGUCCAUCGCUUGCUUCGCCUAUUACGUCCUCACUAAGCAGGAGUACAUUCUGCCCGAGGUUCGUGACCGCGAGUACUUGCUGCAGUUCCACAAACGAGCCAAAAAGGUGGGCAUGAACGUGGCCGAGUACAAUCGGCUCCAGGAGAGCCUCGCCCAGGUUGAAAACGAUUUGAAGCGGCUGCGGGAUCCCCUGCGCGUUCACCAUCCACCGGCCGGCGCCAAACUCUUCGAUCCAGCAGCCACCGCCAUGGGCUCCUCUUCCGACCUCGUGUCGACGAGCCUCUGGAAUCGAACUCAACUCCGUCUACAAAAUCUUCUACGGACUUCCAAAUAACCUUAACAUUUUCAACCAAAACAAAAACGAACAAAACGAAAAUGAGAAAACAAAAAUCACGACGCAACAAAACAAUUACAGGUUCAUUACCCUUCGAUUAGGUGCAAAUAAGCGCAGCCGCCAUGACAGUGCACAACCAUUUGUCAUUUAUAUAAUGAAACAGUUGAAAAACAAA